AGGCAAAAGCCAAACCAAGCAACCACGAACAAUCGAAGCCUCAUUUUCAUAGACCAGCAACGGCCGUCGGGAAAACUUUUCGUCUCCAUUGGAACACACAAGCAUCCUAAAGGUUUCGCUCUAGUUGUUCAUGUGGGGUUGAAUGAUGGAGCCGAGGCGAUAAUUUUGGAACAGCAAGCUUAUAAGAAUCCCUACGUGAGGCUGGACGCAUCUGGUCAGCAGUGUGAAUGUGCGGAGCACUGUGCACAAAACGGUGGAACCGUCUUGCAUUGCGGUCUUAAUCUGACUCGAACUUUGGACCAGUUGAAAAAGCUUGGAUUCAGAGCUGAGUUAUCUUUCCACGAGGACUGUAUCGCAGGGUUCAUAACUAACGUGUAUAUUUGCAUAACUUUGGUUGUUCCAUUACUCAUGGCAUCUCUAAUCGUAUGUCAACCUACUUUUCAUUCAGGCAUUCCUUCAUAUAUUCUGAUCACUUUGAACUCAGUUCAAUUUAUUCAUCUUUUCGUUACAUUCUGA